AAAAAAAAAGACUGAACAGAGAUGUGAUUGUUCUGUCUUGCCUUCGACAAGAGUGAACUCCUGGCUUUUAUCAGCUAGUGAACGGCGACAAUAAGGACUAGUUCAGCUGUCCGGGACACGGAAUGUCGUUUCAAACGGAGGUGACAUUCGGUAAUUCGUUGAAUCUCAAGACGCGGAUGAUGCUAACAACACGGCUAGGGCAGAAGAAAAAGGUGGAUCUGAGGGACCUACUGGCCGUCUCUGUGGAGGCUGCAGUACUCGGUGGUAAAGAGGUGAAAAGAGUGCGUGAUGGUAAUAUUCUCGAGGAGAAGUCAAAGGGCGAGACAAAGGAGGGAGCCAAGGAGCUUCUGACCUUGGGUGACCUCCAGUCUCAUAGGAAGAUGUUUAACCUCAUAAAGAACACGUAUCCUGAAAUCACGGUUCACAGUGAGGAACGUGACAACAGUGUGGAUUCAGUAUCCUGGAGCCAGGAUAUUCCAGCAGACAUUUUAAACAAGAUCAAGAAGGGCGUCGAGUUUCCUGCAGAGAGCAUCACAGUGUGGAUCGACCCUCUGGAUGCAACUCAGGAGUAUACAGAAAACUUGGUGCAAUAUGUGACGACUAUGGUGUGUGUAGCAGUAGACGGUAAACCAGUGAUCGGGGUCAUACAUCAGCCAUUAACAGAGUUCACUGCCUGGGGGUUUGUAGGUCAGGGGUCAAAUUUACAUCCCAGAUCGUCCUACAGUAUGAACCCUCCUAAAGUGAUUGUUUCGCGCUCCCACUCUGGAGACGUUAAACUGUUUACUCAGAAGGCUUUUGGAAACGCAUCAAUCAUCACAGCAGGUGGAGCCGGAUACAAGGUUCUGUCUCUGCUGGAGAUGCCUCCAAGUGAUGCAUAUCUUAUGGACCAAGCAGAUCUUUAUGUCCACAUCACGUUCAUUAAGAAAUGGGACAUCUGUGCUGGUGCAGCGCUGCUAAAAUCACUUGGAGGGCAGAUGACCACUCUGAAGGGAGAGGACAUCGACUACAGUGGGAGUCCACUCAACACAGGAGGACUAGUGGCCAGUGUGGGUGUGGAUCAUAAGGCUGUGGUGGAGAAACUUCCAGAGUUUGACCCUGAAAAGCACUGAGACGCACACGGGUGUUACCGGCUGAGACGUGCCGUGGUGGGGCUGACCUACAGUAACCCUCUUCCAUAAACAUCACAGACCUGUACGCUUUUACCUCUAGACCGAUUGUACCAAUAUGAGCUGAACGGUAAAACCAACACAACUCCCUGACAUGCGAACAUCUUUCAGCUUGGAGAAACUCCUGUGAAACACUCGUGUCCCCCUCUUCCAC